CUGACGCGCCCACGACCCGACCCUUCCCUAGUAAGGACUGUUUUACCCAUUACAUUAUUAAAAAUAACACUGGCUCGUGGUGUUAGUUCAUGGAAAUGUCGAGCAGAUAUUUAUCGGCGCUUGCUCUGUGCCCGACUCCGUUCCAGCGCAGAAAGACAUUUAAAAAAAAAAACGUUGCGAUUUUACUGAGAAGCGCUUGGAAAGAAGAGCUUCCCUGCCUGCAGGGCCCGUGGAGCCCUUGGAGCUUGUGCCAGGGCGCGUCUCCCCGCCCCGCAGCUACUCCUGUCGCUCUCACUCCGUCCUAGUUAGUGGCCGCUUCCGCGUACCGAAGACCGGUGUUAAUUCUGAACUCCUCUCUCAGCGCCACAAAUCCACUUCAGCGGCAGCCCCCAUCAAUAGCCCUUCACAGUGAAUCCGGCCAUUUCUCACACUCCACUGCUACCGUCUUAGCCCAAGUCACAAUCAUUUCUUGCCCGCAGUUGACAGGUAGACCUGCUCCUACUCUUUAUCCCCCUGAAGUCUGUCCUCUCCACCGCGGACGGAAAGAUCAGUCUAAAAGCUUCAGUGCCACAAGAAGAUACUACCUGGGCGCAGUGGAACUGUCCUGGGACUAUAUGCAAAGUGAACUGCUCAGUGAGCUGCACAUGGACACAAGGUUAUCCCCUGGGGUGCCAAGAUCUUUGCCAUUCAACACAUCAGUCAUGUACAGAAAGACUGUGUUUGUAGAGUUUACAGAUCGCCUUUUCAACAUUGCCAAGCCCAGGCCACCAUGGAUGGGUCUGCUGGGUCCUACCAUCCGGGCCGAAGUUUUUGACACAGUGGUCAUUACACUCAAGAACAUGGCUUCUCACCCUGUCAGUCUUCAUGCUGUUGGCGUAUCCUAUUGGAAAGCUUCUGAAGGUGCUGAAUAUGAGGACCAGACCAGCCAGAAGGAGAAGGAAGAUGAUAAAGUCUUUCCUGGUGAGAGUCAUACCUACGUCUGGCAGGUCCUGAAAGAGAAUGGACCGAUGGCCUCGGAUCCUCCAUGUCUCACCUACUCAUAUUUUUCUCACGUGGACCUGGUGAAAGACCUAAAUUCAGGCCUCAUUGGAGCCCUGCUGGUUUGCAAAGAAGGAAGUCUGGCUGAAGAAAGGACACAGACCUUGCAUGAAUUUGUACUCCUGUUUGCUGUAUUUGAUGAAGGAAAAAGCUGGCACUCAUCUGCUCAGGCCCAGCAUGAAAUGCACACGGUCAACGGCUAUGUCAACAGGUCUCUGCCAGGUCUGACUGGAUGCCACAAGAAAUCAGUCUAUUGGCAUGUGAUUGGAAUGGGCACCACCCCCGAAGUGCACUCAAUUUUUCUUGAAGGUCACACAUUUCUCAUCAGAAACCACCGCCAGGCCUCCUUGGAGAUCUCACCAAUAACGUUCCUCACUGCUCAGACAUUCCUGAUGGACCUUGGCCAGUUUCUACUGUUUUGUCACAUCUCUUCCCACCAGCAUGAUGGCAUGGAAGCUUAUGUCAAAGUAGAUAGCUGCCCAGAGGAACCCCAGCUACGGAUGAAAACUAAUGAAAAAGAGGAAGAUUAUGAUGAUGAUCUUUAUGAUUCUGACAUGGACAUGGUUAGGUUUGAUGGCGACAGCCCUUCUCCCUUUAUUCAAAUCCGCUCAGUUGCCAAGAAGCAUCCUAAAACUUGGAUCCACUAUAUUGCCGCCGAAGAGGAGGACUGGGACUAUGCUCCCUCGGCCCCCACCCCCAUUGACAGAAGUUAUAAACAUCUAUAUUUGAACAGUGGUCCUCAGCGGAUUGGUAGGAAGUACAAAAAAGUUCGAUUUAUGGCAUACACAGAUGAAACAUUUAAGACUCGUGAAGCUAUUCAGUAUGAAUCAGGAAUCCUAGGACCUUUACUUUAUGGAGAAGUUGGAGACACACUGUUGAUUAUAUUUAAAAAUCAAGCAAGCCGACCAUAUAACAUCUACCCUCAUGGAAUCACUGACGUCAGUCCUUUGUACUCAGGGAGAUUGCCUAAAGGUAUGAAACAUUUGAAAGAUAUGCCAAUUAUGCCAGGAGAGAUAUUCAAGUAUAAAUGGACAGUGACUGUAGAAGAUGGGCCGACUAAAUCAGAUCCUCGGUGCCUGACUCGAUAUUACUCGAGCUUCAUUAAUCCAGAGAGAGAUCUAGCUUCAGGACUCAUUGGCCCUCUCCUCAUAUGCUACAAAGGAUCUGUAGAUCAAAGAGGAAACCAGAUGAUGUCAGACAAGAGAAACGUCAUCCUGUUUUCUGUAUUUGAUGAGAACCAAAGCUGGUACCUCACAGAGAAUAUGAAGCGCUUCCUCCCGAAUGCAGAUGCAGUGCCGCCCCACGACCCGGAGCUCCAGGUCUCUAACAUCAUGCACAGCAUCAACGGCUAUGUUUUUGACAACUUGCAGCUGUCAGUUUGUUUGCAUGAGGUGGCAUACUGGUACAUUCUAAGUGUUGGAGCACAAACUGACUUCCUGUCUGUCUUCUUCUCUGGAUACACCUUCAAACACAAAAUGGUCUAUGAAGACACACUUACCCUAUUCCCAUUCUCAGGAGAAACUGUCUUCAUGUCAAUGGAAAAUCCAGGUCUAUGGGUGCUGGGGUGCCACAACUCAGACUUUCGGAACAGAGGCAUGACAGCUUUACUGAAGGUUUCUAGUUGUAAUGGGAACAUUGAUGAUUAUGAUGAGGAUAGAUAUGAAGAUAUUCCAGCCUCCCUCCUGAAUGAAAACAAUGUCAUUGAGCCCAGAAGCUUCUCCCAGAAUUCAAGACAUCAUAGCCCUAGGCAAAAGCAAUUCAAAGCCACCACAACUCCAGAAAAUGACAUAGAGAAGAUUGACCCUCAGCCUGGAGAAAGAACGCAGCUGCUUAACGUACAAAGUGUCUCCUCUAGUGAUUUGCUGAUGCUUCUGGGACAGAAUCCUACUCCACGUGGAUUACUCUUAUCUGAUUUCCAGGAAGCCACACAUGAAGCAGAUGAUCAUUUACUUGGAGCUAUAGAAAGACACAAGGGCCCAUCUGCAGUGGCAGAUCUCAGACCAGAGCUCCAUCACAGUGGGGACAGAGUAUUUACUCCUGAGCCAAUACUAAAAUUAAGAUUAAAUGAGAAUUUGGGGACAACUGUAACAGCAGAGUUGAAGAACCUUGAUUUAAAAUUUUCUAGUUCAUCAGACAACCUAACAGCUUCACCAACAAUUCCAUCAGACAAGUUGGCAGCAGGUACUGAAAAGACAGGUUCCUUAGGACCCCCAAAUAUGUCAAUUCACUUAAAUAGUCAUUUAGGUACCAUUGUAUUUGGCAAAAAUUCAUCUCACUCUAUUGACUCUGGUGUACCUUUGGGCUCGAGUGAAGGAGACAAUGAUUCCAAGUUGUUAGAAGCAGCUUUAAUGAAUAGUCAAGAAAGUUCACUGGGAGAAAAUGUAUUAUCAGUGGAGAGAAAUGGGUUAUUUAAAGAAGACAGAGUUCAUGGACCUGCUUCAUUAAUUAAAGAUAAUGCUUUAUUCAAAGUUAAUAUCUCUUUGAUAAAGACAAACAACGCAACAAUUAACUCAACAACUAAUAGCAAAAAUCAUGUUGAUGUCCCAACAUUAUUAAAUGAGAACAGUACAUCAGUCUGGCAAGAUACUAUAUUAGAAAGUAAUGCUGAGUUUCAAGAAAUGACUUCUUUGCUUCAUAAUGAAACAUUUAUGGACAGAAAUAUUACAGCUUUGGAGCUAAAGCAUGUGUCAAAUAAAACUACUUCAUCAAAAAAUGUGGAAGUGGUCUACCAAAACAAAGAGGGCCCGGUGCCACUAGGUGCAGAAAAUCCAGGUCUCUCAUUCUUCAAGACACUGUUCUCACCAGAUUCAGCAAAGUGGAUAAAAUGGACCCAUGGCGAGAACUCCCUAAGCUCUGGGCAAAGGCCCAUUCCAACACAAUUAACAUCUUUAGGAUCAGAAAAAUCUGUGAAAGAUCAGAAGUUUUUGUCAGAAAAGAAGGUGGUAGUAGGAGAAGAUGAAUUUACAAAGGACACAGAACUCAAAGAGAUGAGUUUUCCAAACAGCAAGAGCAUGUUUUUUACUAACUUGCCCAAUGUCCAAGAUAAUAGUACUUACAAUCAAGAAGAAAAAUCUCAGGAAGAGAUAGAAAGAAAGGAGAAAUUAACCCAAGAAAAUGUGGUUUUGCCUCAGGAAUAUACGGUAGCUGACACUAAUAAUUCCCUGAAGAACCUUUUCUUACUAAGCACUAAGCAAAAUGUGGAAGGUUUAGAUGAGGGGCCAUAUACUCCAAUACUUCAAGACACCAGGUCAUUAAAUGAUUCAGCACAUAGAGCAGGGAUUCACAUAGUCCAUUUCUCAAAAAUAAGGGAGGAAGAAAACUUGGAAGGUUUGGGAAAUCAAACAAAGGAAAUGUCAGAGAGGUUUUCAAGCACUCCAAGGAUGUCUCCUAAUCCAAGUCAGCAUAAUAUGCUCACUCAGCGUGGUAAGCGGGCCUUGAAACAAUCCAGACUCUCACUAGAAGAAACUAAGUUUGCAAGGGGGGUAAUUUUGAAUGACAUCUUAACCCAGUCAUCCAAAAACAUGAACUUUUUGAUGCAUGGAACCCUCACACAGAUAGAGGACAAUGAGAAAGAAAAAGGGGCUGCCACUCAGUCCCUCCAAUCAGAUUGUUCUAUGGGGAAUCAGGGCACCAUUCAAAUGAAUGCCUCUGCAUUACCCAUUGCAAAGGAAUCAGCAUUUCCAUCAAUCAGACAUACAGAUCUGACCAAGAUCCCAUCCCAGGACAACUCUUCUCAUCUUCCAGUGUCAGCCUGCACUUAUACCUUCAGGGAGAGUUCUGGGGUCCAAAAAAGCACUCAUUUCUCACAAGGAGCCAAGAGAAAUAAACUUUCUGUAGCCUUCCUAACCUCAGAAAUGAUUGUAGGUCAAGAAAAGUUCAGCUCCCUAGGGAAAAGUGCCAUGAACCAACGCAUGUCCAAGAAACGUGAAAACACUCUUUUGCAACAAGGCUUGUCUGAAGCAUCUGGCAAAGUUGAAUUACUCCCUAAAGCUCAUGUUCAUCAAGAAGACUCUUUCCCUACAAAAACUAGCAAUGAUUCUUCUGGCCGCCUGGAUCUUAUGGAGAAGAUCUUCCUUCAGAAAACACAGGGACCUAAGAAAAUAAAUGGACCCGGAAAAGUGCCCUUCCUGAAAUGGACAACAGAGAGCUCUGAAAAGAUUCCCUCUGAGCUGCUGGGUCCCCUUGCUUGGGAUAACAACAAUGCCACCCAGAUACCAAGAGAAGAGUGGAAAUCCCAAAAGUCACAGAAAAACAUAGCUUUUAAGAGCAAGGACACCAUUUUGCCCUUGGGCCCUUGUGAAAACAGUCCUUCAGUAGCAGCAAUAAAUGAAGGGCAAGGUGAACUCCAAAGAGAAGCCACCAGGUCAAAGCAAGGAGAGACUGGAAGAUUGCGCUCUCAGAACCCACCGGUCUCAAAACGCCAUCAAAGAGAAAUAACCCUUACUACUCCUCAGUCAGAGGAAGACAAAAUUGAGUAUGAUGAUACGUUCUCAAUUGAAAUGAAGAGAGAAGAUUUUGACAUCUAUGGUGAAGAUGAAAAUCAGGGCCUCCGCAGCUUUCAAAAGAGAACACGACACUAUUUCAUUGCUGCAGUGGAGCGUCUCUGGGAUUAUGGGAUGAGUAGAUCUCCCCAUGCACUAAGAAACAGGGCUCCAGGUGGGGAUGUCCCUCAGUUCAAGAAGGUGGUUUUCCAGGAAUUUACUGAUGGAUCCUUCACUCAGCCCUUAUACCGUGGAGAGCUGAAUGAACACUUGGGACUCUUGGGGCCAUAUAUAAGAGCAGAAGUUGAAGACAAUAUCAUGGUAACUUUCAAAAACCAGGCUUCUCGUCCCUACUCCUUCUAUUCUAGCCUGAUUUCUUACGAGGAAGAUCAGAGGCGAGGAGCAGAACCUAGAAAAAAGUUUGUCAACCCUAAUGAAACCAGAGUUUACUUCUGGAAAGUACAACAUCAGAUGGCACCCACUGAAGAUGAGUUUGACUGCAAGGCUUGGGCUUAUUUUUCUGAUGUUGAUUUGGAAAAAGACGUGCACUCGGGCUUGAUUGGACCCCUUCUGAUCUGCCGCAGUAACACACUGAGCCCCGCUCACGGGAGACAAGUGACAGUGCAGGAGUUUGCUCUGUUUUUCACCAUUUUUGAUGAGACUAAGAGCUGGUACUUCACAGAAAACAUGGAAAGGAGCUGUAGAGCCCCCUGCAGUAUCCAGAAGGAGGAUCCCACUUUUAAAGAAAAGUACCGCUUCCACGCAAUCAACGGCUAUGUGAUGGACACACUACCCGGCUUGGUAGUGGCUCAGGAUCAAAAGAUCCGAUGGUAUCUGCUCAGCAUGGGGAGCAAUGAAAACAUUCAUUCUAUUCAUUUCAGUGGGCAGGUGUUCACUGUACGGAAAAAAGAGGAAUAUAAGAUGGCAGUCUACAACCUGUAUCCAGGUGUUUUUGAGACAGUGGAAAUGCUACCAUCCAAAGUUGGAAUUUGGCGGAUAGAAUGCCUAAUUGGCGAACACCUGCAAGCUGGGAUGAGCACUCUCUUUCUGGUAUACAGCCCGAAGUGUCAGAUUCCACUGGGAAUGGCUUCUGGACGCAUUAGAGAUUUCCAGAUCACAGCUUCAGGACAGUAUGGACAGUGGGCCCCAAAGCUGGCCAGACUUCACUAUUCUGGAUCAAUCAAUGCCUGGAGCACCAAGGACCCCAUUUCCUGGAUCAAGGUGGAUCUGUUGGCACCAAUGAUCAUUCACAGCAUCAUGACCCAGGGCGCCCGUCAGAAGUUGUCCAGCCUGUACAUCUCUCAGUUUAUCAUCAUGUAUAGUCUUGAUGGAAAGAAGUGGCAGAGUUAUCGAGGGAAUUCCACUGGGACCUUAAUGGUAUGUCAUGAGUUCUUUUAAGAGAAUGCAUGAGUGUUUUAAAGAGCUUCUGACAGAUUUCAGAUAUGGGACAAACACUCCUACCUUCUACAAACUUAACUCCAAAAAAGAUUUUUCCACUUUGGGGCAAUAGGAGUGAUUAUGGAUGUCUGGAUAAAAACAUAGUAGCAUCAAAGAUCUCCUAGAUAAUACAAAUGAAGAGGUA